AUGUCGGUCGUCACUGUCCAGACCACGCCCUUUGAGGGCCAGAAGCCCGGCACCUCGGGCCUCAGGAAGCGCGUCAAGGUCUUUUCGCAGCAGCACUACACGGAAAACUUUGUCCAGGCAAUCCUCUCGGCCAUCCCCACGGGCGCACAGGGCUCCACGCUCGUCGUCGGCGGCGACGGCCGCUACUUUUCCAAGCCCGCCAUCCAGUCCAUCAUCCGCCUCGCCGCCGGCAACGGCGUCGCAAAGCUCAUCAUCGGCCAGGACGGCAUCCUCUCCACCCCCGCCGUCUCCCACCUCAUCCGAAAGUACAAGGCCACCGGCGGAAUCCUCCUCACCGCCAGCCACAACCCCGGCGGCCCGGACAACGACUUUGGCAUCAAGUACAACAUGGAAAACGGCGGGCCCGCACCCGAGUCGGUCACCGACCGCAUCUUUGAGUCGACAAAGACAAUCCGCGAGUACCGCAUCGUAGAGGGUCCCGAGGUCGACCUCUCCAAGAUCGGUUCCACAUCGUUCGGCCAGCUGCAGAUCGACAUCGUCGACCAGGUCAAGGACUACGUCGCCUACCUCGCCACCAUCUUCGACUUUGACCUCAUCAAGAACUUCCUCCACUCGUCCGACUUUUCCGUCCGCUUCGACGCCCUCCACGGCGUCACCGGCCCCUACGGCCGCGCCCUCUUUGUCGACGCCUUCGGCCUGCCCGAGUCGUCGAUCCAGAACUGCGUCCCCAGCGAGGACUUUGGCGGCGGACACCCGGACCCCAACCUCACCUACGCCAAGUCGCUCGUCGACGCCGUCGAGGGCGAAAACAUCUCGUUUGGCGCCGCCUCGGACGGCGACGGCGACCGCAACAUGAUCAUCGGCAAGGGCGCCUUUGUCAACCCCUCGGACUCGGUGGCCAUCAUCGCCGACUGGGCCCAGAAGGCGAUUCCCUACUUCAAGGGCGGCAUCAAGGGCCUGGCGCGCUCGAUGCCCACCUCGGGCGCCAUUGACCGCGUGGCAAAGAAGAACGGCUACGAGUGCUUCGAGGUGCCCACCGGCUGGAAGUUCUUUGGCAACCUCAUGGACGCCGGCCGCCUGUCGAUCUGCGGCGAGGAGAGUUUCGGCACGGGAUCCGACCACAUCCGCGAAAAGGACGGCCUGUGGGCCGUCGUCGCCUGGCUCUCGAUCAUGGCCGCCGCCAACGCCGAAAAGGCCGGCACCACGGUCCAAGACGUGCUGCUGCAGCACUACCGCACCUACGGUCGCAACUUUUUCUCGCGCUACGACUACGAGGAGGUCGACAGCCAGGGCGCCAGCGACAUGGUCGCCCACCUGCGCUCCCAGUUCACCUCGGCCGACUUUGUCGGCACCAAGCUGGGCCAGUUUGAGGUGGCCGAGAGCGGCGAUUUUAGCUACACGGACCCCAUCGACGGCAGCGUGUCCAAGAACCAGGGUCUGUACGCCACCUUCAAGGACGGCAGCCGCAUCAUCUUCCGCCUCAGCGGCACCGGGUCCGCCGGCGCCACCAUCCGCCUGUACGUGGAAAAGUACAGCAACGACCCGAGCGAGUUUGGCGCCGACGCCCAGGUCGGCCUCAAGCCCCUCAUCGACGAGGCGCUCAAGAUCAGCAAGCUCAAGGAGUUCACUGGCCGCGACAAGCCCACCGUCAUCACCUAA